UCUUCCGGGUUUAUCCAGUCCGCCUCCACGUGAAUAAUGUCAGAGCAGAUCAUAGUGAACGGAGACGAGGAUGAGGAGUUUAGUGCCUUCGUGGCUCUUCAUGCCGGGGCCCUGCGGUCCUCAGGAAUACCCCAGAUCUACUGGAGGAGUCUACACCACAAGAUCACCAGCGAGAUUUACGAUGCUGGGGAGGUUUUCGGAAUCAUGCAGUUCCAAGAAGAAGACGACGAGGACGAAGAGGAGGCAAACUGUGAGAAUGAGGGGAAGAAGAAGAAGGACAAUCCUGGAGCGGUGAUCCGCUGUAAAGUGGUGGUGACCCGCGACAGUGGGCUCCAAGCCACGGAGCCGACCAGUGUUUUCCUGGUGGAUCAUGCCUGGACCUACCGUGUGGAUCACGCCCGUCAGCAGCUGGAGCAGAUCCCAGGCCUGCUGCCCAGAAUGGCUGCCCUCAUGGGUGUGGACUACCAUGGCGAGGCCCCCGACCCCGACACGGUGGAGCUGGUGAUGGAGCACAUGUGGAAAUAUAACCAGACUUAUCACCUCUCUCACGGGUCAGCGGACGAGAAGGUUCCUGUUUGGUACAUCAUGGAUGAGUUUGGCUCCCAGGUGGAGCACUCUGACCAGCCGAGCUGUGGCAUGGCUCCCUUUUUCUACCUACAUGGCCAAAUGGCCUACACUGUACUCUGGCCCCUGCAGGACCUGCAGGAAGGAGAUGAAGUAACCCGUGAUUAUACGUAUGGAGAGACAAACCCCCUGGUGAGGAGAUGCCGCCUUUUACCGUGGAUACCUGCUGAUCUAGAAGGGGUCAGCAGUGCCACCAGUGAACCCCCAGACUCAUACUAUGAGACCAUUGCACAGGAGAACAAGGAGCAGCUUCCUGUGGAGAUCCAACCCUUCACUGUGCCCCAGGACAAAAUCCUUAAGGUUUACUCUCAAAUGUCACAGGUAACAAACAACCUGACACACCCACAGUUCCAGCUGACGGAGGAAGAGGAGGAGGCUGAUAUCAUUUGGAGCUAUGAUCACAUCAAAGACUACAGGAGACUGAGUGAGGAGCGACCUCAUGUGAUGCUGAACCAGUUUCCCUUUGAGAGCAUUGUCACUGUGAAGGACUGCCUGGCUGCUGUGGCCCGCAGACUGAAGGGUGGCCCACCACCUGAUUGGCUACCAGAGACCUUCAACCUCCAGACAGAGCUGCCACAGUUCAUCAAGCACUACCAACAGAGGCAACAACGUGGAGAAGAUAACCACUGGAUCUGUAAGCCCUGGAACUUGGCCCGUGGACUGGACACACACAUCACCAACAACCUUGACUACAUAAUCAGGCAGAGAGAGAGUACACCAAAGGUUGUGUGUAAGUACCUGGAGGAUCCGGUGUUGUUCAGCAGAGAGGAGGUGGGGAUGGUGAAGUUUGACAUUCGCUACAUGCUGAUGUUGCGUUCUGUGCAGCCUCUGUGUCUUUAUGCCUACAAUGUCUUCUGGCUGCGCUUUGCUAACAGACCUUUCUCCCUGGAGCGUCUCGAUGAUUACCAAAAGCACUUCACUGUCAUGAACUAUGCAGAGGGUGUAGAGUUGAAGCAGGUUCACUAUGAUGAGUUCAUCCCUAUGUUUCAGAAGCAGUACCCACAGCAUCCAUGGAAGGAAGUGGAGGAAAAGUUGUUCAAAGCAUUCAAGGAGCUCUUCCAGGCAGCCUCAUCUCGACCUGCUCCAUAUGGUAUCUGUGCCUAUCCAUCGUCCCGGGCUAUAUACGCUGUAGACCUCAUGCUGAAGUGGAGCACUGGGGAAAAUGGUGAGCGCGUCAUGCAGCCUCAGAUCUUGGAGGUCAACUUCAGCCCAGACUGCACUCGGGCCUGCCUGUACCACCCAUCCUUCUACAACCACAUGUUCCAGACGCUGUUCCUGGAUCAGCCUGAGCAGUGCCCAGUCACACAGAUCAUAUAAUCAACUCAAGAUCAGCACCAAGAUCUGUGUGUUUGUAGUUCUGUAUUUUAUACAUAGAGACAUACACUUAUUCAUCUUCUCUGUAACUGCUUCAUGUCAUUUUCUCAUUUUACCAUCUACUUUCAAAUUGAGUGUAGCUUGUGAAACAUGUUUGCCUCUAACUCAGUUCUGGUAAUUAAAACCAAAACACUUCUGUACAAAUGAGAAGCAAUAAAAACACUUGAAUAAACUAGG